ACCCCCAUACUGAUUGCAGGGAGGGAUAGAACAAAAUAAAACGAAUAUAAUUAUCAAAUUGACGGCCUCAUAUGGAAGUAGUUUUAAUCGCUCUCUGGGGGCUCGAGUUAGGUAAUUGACUCUCAUUCAGCUUCACGUCUCUCGUAACCCGCUUCCUCGCCUGAAAUCAAUGGAUUACCAGCAAGCGCCGAUGCCAUCGUACUCGGCACCACCCUCAGCUUCGGCCCCGCUGCCUUCGGGUCCACCACAAUUGCCGCCAGAUCCUAAGUUUGAACAGCCGGUCUCUACACCUUUCGAGGGAACAGACCUACAAUCGAUAAGGACGGCCUCCGAAUCCUCCCUCGCAGAGUAUGUGUCACAAUACAAGAAGCGACGAUAUGAUGAUCCAGCCAGCGAGCGUCGCCUCCAAGCACAGCAGAGCAUCGUCAUGAGUGACUUGCAGCUAUUGCGGAGCGAAGUAUCGGAUUUAGCCAAGGCGGUCGAGGCACAUAGAUGGCGACGGUGGCUUUUAGGUGGUUUAGUG